ACAGGAAGAUCAUCUCUUUAUACAUGUAUUCCUAUGCGCUCUCAUUUUAAUUAGAUAUAUAGAUCCAUUGUUCUCCGACAUUUUUAUUUUAUUAAAUUUGGAUGAACGAGAUCUUAAAAACCAAUCUGGCAACAACUCGAAAACGUUCUAGAUUCAAGGGGAGGAACCUGGAAAAAUUAACACCGCCCACUUCACUCAGCUGCUUGUUAUGCGAGGGUUUCACUGAACUUUGUCACUAAUCUGUUAUUUUGUAGCUUCCACGUUAUUGCGGGGUAGCUCUACAACUUUUUAAAUUCUCAGUGGCAAAUGUGUCUGUUACCCGAAGGUACAAAAUGUACAUCUGGUUUACAAUCAUAGCCGGUUUGGCAAUUUUGCCCGUUCUUCUGAAAACGUUGUUUGACCCAUACUUUGUCCAAGACUGUUCUUACAUGCUUAAUGCGUUGAAACAUGGAAUCAGAUUGGCAAAAUACAAAAAGAAAAAACCUUUCUAUAGUAUUUUGGACUGCUUUUUGGACGCGGUGAAGAAACAACCGAACAAGACGUUUCUGCAUUUUGAGGGUACAUCGCAUUCUUACGUCGAGGUGGACAAACAGAGUAACAAAGUUGCCAGAGCAUUGCAGACUCGCGCAAAUCUGAAACAGGGGGACACGGUAGCCCUCUUUCUGGGUAACGAUCCCUGUUACGUAUGGAUAUGGAUGGGCCUCGCCAAACUGGGAUGUGCGGCUGCUCUUCUCAACUUCAACAUACGGUCCAAAUCUUUGCUACACUGUUUCUCAUGCUGUGGGGCAAAAGUGAUAAUCGCGGCUGCGGAGAUGAAGGAAGCGGUUGAAGAGGUGCUCCCUACUUUAAAACAGCAGGGGAUCUCAGUCUACCUCCUGUCAGAGGAAUGCAGUGUAGACGGCAUUCACACCCUCUCAGAACACAUCUACCAGGCCUCAGAUGAACCCCUGUCAGCUGACCUGAGGGCCAGUAUCACCUUUAAAAGCCCUGCACUCUACAUCUACACCUCAGGGACCACCGGUCUACCGAAAGCAGCCCUAGUCACCCAUGAGAGAGUAUGGGCUGCUUCCUUUAUCCAGGCAGUGUCUGGAGUGAGAUCAGAUGAUGUGCUCUACAUCAACCUGCCCCUGUACCACAGUGCUGGCUUCCUCGUUGGGCUCACUGGCGCCAUUGAGAGGGGCCUGACAGUAGUCCUGAAGAGGAAGUUUUCGGCAUCACAGUUCUGGGAAGACUGCCGCAAGCACAAUGUGACAGUGAUGCAGUACAUUGGGGAGACCAUGAGGUAUUUGUGCAACACCCCCAAGAAAGACAACGAGAGAGACCACAAAGUGCGGAUCGCUAUCGGCAAUGGCGUCCGUUCUGACAUCUGGACCGAGUUUCUGAACCGGUUUGGAGACAUCGCCAUCAGGGAACUGUAUGCUGCCACGGAGGGAAACAUCGGCUUUAUAAACUACACCAGUAAGAUCGGAGUGGUGGGACGCGUCAACUUCCUCCACCGGAGAAUGUUUCCAUAUACUUUGAUCAAAUUUGACAUUGAGAAAGAGGAACCUGUUCGAAACUCCAAUGGUCUGUGUAUUAAAGCAGCUAAAGGCGAGACCGGUCUUUUGGUUGGGAAAAUAACCAAGUACUCCCCAUUUGUUGGCUAUGCUGGAAACAACCAGCAGACUGAGAAGAAAAGGCUACGGGAUGUCUUACAGAAAGGGGAUCUCUACUUCAACACUGGAGACCUGCUAAGGAUUGAUGAACAGAACUUUGUACAGUUUCAGGAUCGAGUUGGUGACACUUUCAGGUGGAAAGGAGAAAAUGUUGCUACAACUGAAGUAGCGGAUAUCCUCACAAUGGUUGAUUGCAUCGAAGAAGCAAAUGUAUAUGGUGUGAAAGUUGAAGGUCAUGAGGGAAGGAUUGGAAUGGCUGCUGUGAAGUUAAAAGAAGGGAAAGAGUUUGAAGGUGCCAACACCUUCAGCCAAGUAACCAACUAUCUCCCUACAUACGCAAGACCCCGCUUCAUUAGAAUACAGAGCUCCUUCGAGAUGACAGGAACCUUUAAGAUGAAGAAAGUAAGUCUGGUGGAGGAUGGAUUCAACCCAGCAGCUGUCCAUGAUCCUCUGUAUUUCCUAGAUCCAGCUAUGAAAACAUACGUACCACUAACUGAGGAGAUAUACACUUCUAUAAACAACAGGGAAAUUAAGUUAUAAAAUCAACAUGUGAUAACAAAUCACGGUAGCUAAUUAAUUUUAAUGGACAAAAAAGUCAAAAUUAUUAAUUUUGUGUAUUUAAUGUUCAGAUCUUGGUUUCAAUACUGUAAAAUGUAAUCUCAUAUACUUUAACUGUGUUUGAUUUAGCUUGCCUGGUUUAAUGGAACAAUUGCAAUAAUUCCAUUAUUUCAACCCAGGUCAGCAAUUAUGUUGAAUGUAGUUGGUUUUUAGAUUGCACAGGAUAUAGUGGUUCUGCGAAGCUAGUUAUAGUAGAUAUAUUAACAUACUAUCAUUGACAACUUUACUGUAAAAAUGUAUGCAGUAUUAGACUAACCAGUAGCUUUGUCUACUAAUCUCAGGGAUAGAUUUAUAUACUGUAUUUUGUAACACAAACUUUAUCCUGUUUCUCAGUUAUAACAAGACUAGAUGUUUGGUUAUAUGUACAAUGUAGAGCAGGGCUUCCCAACACCCUCCUCUGGUUUUCGUUUAGUUUGUAAAAAUGAGACUUCACAUGUUUUUAAUAUGUCAGUAUGUGAAAAGGUACACCCUGUCAAGUUGUCUCUACACAUGGACAUAUAAGCUAAAUUCCAACCACAUUCUUUGAUGAAGGUAACCCAAUUUAACAAAUGCUAUUUCCUUAUGUGGAAAAUAUUAGUACACCCCAACAUUUACCAUCACUUAAACAGUCUGGUUUGAUCUUAACAAUAUGGGUGUAUGGUAACAUCAUGCUAAGAUCAGAAGACCUAUCCAAGAUAGGACACAGCCCACAUGCAUUUAUUGACCUGCUUGUCACCUGAUUAUGCAAAAACAUUGACAUGACCCAAAAGUUAAUGUACUUUUACAAUCUUCACACGGCACAGACAGAAGAGGACUGGCCACCCAUGUCUGGUUCCUCUCUAGGUUUUUUCCCUCCUGUGGGGUUUUUCCUAGACACUGCAUUAACUCUUGUUG